AAGCAAUAUAUAUCUGCCCACAAUAUCCAGUUUCAAGAUCAAAAUCUUCUUAGUGGAGCUACCUCUCAACUCACAGCAUUCUACGUGUUCUACCACAUCUUCAUCUGAUGGCUGGAGCAAUCGAUGUUUCAGCAGGUGAUCAACAAUACGACAGAAUGGAAAUGCUCAAGGCUUUUGAUCAAACAGAAGCCGGUGUUAAAGGCCUGAUAGAUUCAGGACUGACCAAAAUUCCCAAGAUUUUCGUGAGACCAUCUGAAGAUCUGGCUCAAGAGUUAACUUACGAGAACAUACAAGUUCAAGUUCCUGUGAUUGAUCUCAGCGGCAUCCUGGACGCUAACGGGCGGAAAAAGAUGGUUGAACAAGUGAGAAUCGCCUCAGAAAGCUGGGGGUUUUUCCAGGUGGUGAAUCAUGGGAUUCCUCCAACUGUUCUUGAUGGAAUGAUUGAUGGGAUAAGGAAGUUCAACGAGAUGGAUGUUGAGGAGAAAAGGAGGUAUUAUUCACGGGAUCCCACAAGAAGGGUAAGCUAUAGCAGCAAUUUUGAUUUGUUCGCUUCAAAAACUGCUAACUGGAGGGAUACUUUGGCCAUUUCAUAUUCAGACCUAAUUAAUAGCGAAGAAUUGCCAACUUCUUGCAGAAACAGCACAGUGGAAUACUCAGACCAUGUCAAAAUUCUGGGGAAAACUUUGUUCGAGCUACUCUCUGAGGCUCUUGGACUCAGCCCUGAUCACCUAAACAACAUGGAAUGCUCAAAGGGGCAUCGAUUCAGCUGCCACUAUUAUCCAGCCUGCCCUGAGCCACAACUGACCCUGGGAGCCACCAAGCACUCUGAUCCUGGAUUCCUCACUGUUCUUCUACAAAGCCAAAUCAGUGGCCUCCAGGUAUUGUAUCAAGAUCAAUGGGUUAACAUCGAACCCAUUCCAGGAGGUUUAGUUGUAAACAUCGGGGAUCUUCUCCAGUUGGUGUCAAAUGGGAGGUUCAUCAGCAACAAGCAUAGAGUGACAGCUAACUCCAUUGGACCACGGAUUUCUGUGGCCUGCUUUUUCUCUGGACCUUUCGGCGAGGUUAAGACCUAUGGCCCGAUUAAAGAGCUGAUAUCAGAAGAGGAUGCAGCCAAAUACAGAGAUCUUCUCUUGACUGAGUAUCUGGGGAAGUUUCUAAAGACUGGACUUGAUGAUGAGAAUUGGGGUAUUGAUUACUACAAGGUUUGAAGAUGCAUGGUUGUGGCUGGAAAAUCAUGUUAUCGAGAUUUGUCAUAAUUAAGGAUAUUUCUUUGUUGUUUCGAAAAUUAAAAAUACCUAUUCAAAUAAAAAAUAAUUAUGUAACCUCUAAAUGUUGAAG